UUGCCAAAACAAACAAGGCUUAUUCCUGGCAUUAACGCGGAGAGUUGCUAAACACUGCAAACGACAGACAUCAACGUUUCAUUUGAGACAUUUCCCUCUACAGCAGAGGAUCAGUUCACUCACGGAUAAAUCCUUAAAUCCAGCGAUGGGGUGGACUGCCUGUAUCAUCUUGUUCCUGUAUAUGUCUGUGUGUGGGGGCCGGCGACUGCCCGACCCCGAGCCUGCAAUGCACGGGGGGGUCCAGUCCCCCCAGUACCCCAAGCCGUACCCCCCCAACCUGCAGCAGCAGUGGGACCUCAGCGUGCCGGAGGGAUACCGCAUGACACUCACCUUCACACACCUGGACAUCGAGGCUUCUGCAGGCUGCUUCUACGACUCCCUCACACUUUUCUAUGAUACAAAGAUCCUCGGGAAGUUUUGUGGCCAUGAGAACUCAGCUGAAGGACAUCACCCCGGCAACCAGCCCAUCUUGUCUCCAGGCAAUAGACUCAGCCUCGUAUUCCAGAGCGACGACAACAACCCGGAGCGCCACCAGAACGUCGGCUUCUCCGCUCAAUACCAGGCCAUAGACAUAGAUGAAUGUUCUGAGCCAGAUCCUGAAGACGGCUCAGGUCCUCUCUGCUCUCAGAUCUGCCUCAACACCCUCGGCUCGUACAUCUGCUCCUGUCACCACGGCUAUGAGCUCCGCUCAGACCAGCGCAGCUGUAUGUUAUCCUGCGGCGGCGGUAUAUAUGAUGAGCCAGAGGGACAUCUGUUCAGUCCAGGAUAUCCUGAGCCCCCACCUCAUGGUGUGUCCUGUCAGUACUUUAUUUCUGUAGAGUUGGGCUUCACUGUCACUCUUAACUUCACUGACAACUUCCACAUCGAGAGCGUGGACACUGACCAAGGUCAGAUCUGUCCCCAUCACUGGUUGCAGGUGACCAUCCCAGACAGAGAGCCCUGGAAGAUGUGUGGACGAACGAGUCCAGGUCUGAUAGUCACAAGCUCCAACAAGGUCAAGCUGGACUACCACACUGACGGUGAAGGACUGAGCAGAGGCUGGAGCCUGGACUACAGCACAUACAGAGUGAAGUGUCCCCUUCCUGGCAGUGUGGAUAAUGGGCGGGUCACCCCCAGCUUGACCGAAUAUUUGUACCGAGACUACAUCUCUGUGCGCUGCAACCAAGGAUACAAACUCAUGAGGGAUGGUCAGGAGGUUGAGGCGUUCUCCACCAUGUGCCAAAGCGACGGACAGUGGCAUCUUCCUCUCCCAGAAUGCCACAUACUUGAUUGUGGAGAACCUGAACCUCUGCUGAACGGAGGGGUGACCUUACUGUCCGGAUCCAGGAAUCAGUACCUUUCUGUUGUUCAGUAUCACUGUAAUGAACCAUUUUACUCUCUCCUUGGAGGCAUGAAUGUUGUCUUCACCUGUCAGGCCGACAGAAAGUGGAGAUCCAACAGCGAUAUUGUUGUCAGUCCAGCAUGCAUAGCAGUCUGUGGCCAGCCCACAAAGCUCAUCCCUGGCUAUCAGAGGAUCAUUGGAGGCAGUGAAGCUCCAGACGACACCAUCCCAUGGCAGGUGCUCCUGAGUGUAAAUGGAGGAAGAGGAGGAGGCGUGGUGAUCGCAGACCGCUGGAUCAUGACUGCAGCUCAUAACCUAAUGUCAAAUGGGAUGCUAGUAUCAAACAGUUCUGUUCGGAUGUACAUGGGACUCACUCAGGUUAAUUCCUUGUUGGGCUCUCCUGUACUUGCUACUUCAAUCCACAUUCACCCUGAUUACAACAACCCCAACUUCGAAGACUACAACCAUGACAUUGCCUUGAUUAAGUUGCAAGACGCAGUCACCUUCACCUCAUCCGUUAUGCCCAUAUGUUUGCCAGCAGAGGAUGCCAUAUACACUUCGGGUGUGAUGGGAAUGGUGUCAGGAUUUGGCAUAACAGAAAAUGCCGCAAACAUUCGGACUUUGACAAACAAAUUGAAGUUUGUGCAGAUUCCUAUAGUGGAGCAGAGUACAUGCAUGAACUCCAUCACUCUGGAGCAGAUGCACAGAGAGAGGGUACCCAGCCUGACAGGUAACAUGUUCUGUGCCGGAGUCCCUGAAGGUGGGAAGGACUCCUGCCAAGGCGACAGUGGAAGCCCGUACAUCCUGAGUAAUGCCGGACGUUUCUGGGCGGCGGGGAUCGUCAGCUGGGGGGUUGAGUGCGGGAAGCAGGGAACAUAUGGAGUCUAUACCAGAGUUGCAAAUUACAUAAACUGGAUCAACAAAACCAUGCAGGAGAACUGAAAUGCCCAGUAAUUCAAAGACAUCCACAAUCAAAUGAGAUAAAAACAACGUAAUUUGCUUUUUACAAAAUCUUUCUGAGGUGAAAUGUGUUGUCACAGGAAAGCUAUUAAAGAACAUCUUACAUCUGUCAAGUUGAUAAAUAAAUCUCAUACCUAUUGUAUAAGCCUGGCUCCCACAAUAAAGUGACAUAAUAAAGACCUAAAUGUGA